AUGCCUGAUAUAAAUCCAGACAAAUUUAAUCCCUCGAGUGGUAGGAUAAAUGACAGUGAAAGAAAAUGGUCCGCCAUAAGAAGAUUGAGUGAACAACUGACAGAAGUCACUCUAGCAGCAAUGCAAAAGGCGGACGCUAGCUUUCCUGACAAACCUCUGCUCGAUGUACCUAUAUUAUCCUGUCCACAUUGUCACAAAACAGAUCAUCACUGCUUCAACGAUUCCAUAGAUGAAUCUAUAGAGUCUUCAAACUGGCACUCUAGUUUACAGCGUUGCGGAAGAUCCAAGAGUGUGGCAUUAUCUGGUCAUGAGCGAGGAUGUAAGUACUGUGCGGCCUACUUUUAUCAAAAUCCACUAAAAGACUAUGUCUGGUCGCGACCACAUAUUCAAUCAAACAAAACCGCUUGGCAGCACAGUCGAUCUUUCCAUUCUCAAAAAUCUAGCUUGAUACCAGGAGAAGUUGGUACUGAUGAAAUUCCAAUCUUAAGUGGACUUUAUCGAGAUUUAAAAUUCGAAAACCGUAAACGAUUUUCUGCAGUUAAAAGGAGAUCCAGUUCUCUAACUGAAUUGCCCCCAACUUCGUCUCAGCAUACUCAAACUAUAUUCUCCAGUAUAACACCAAUCAACGAGUUUAUAAAUAAAUCGAGAUGCGGAUUAAAAUCAGGAUCUUUCUAUACAAAACAAGCCUCAGGUCUUCGAUUCCAGUUACCGGCGGCACUUCAGAAAUCUAAAUCUGUUCGUAAACGUGGGCUUGAUUUUGGUCUGCGUAAAACGCUCUCUGUGACAAAUGCCAUUGUUCGAAUGCCUAUUGAAUCUGCAACAUCGUCAAGCAGAAAAAAGUUGGAUUAUUGUAACACCACAGGUGAUCCCUCUGUAAGUCCCCUUCUUUAUAAUGCAACUUCAUCUCCAUCAAUUCCAAAAUCUACUCAGGAUACCCCGCUGUAUGCUCAAUCUAAUAAAUUUGGAGAUGUUAAACAGACCAACAUAAUUCUAAAUGAACUAUACAAUCCAUCAGACACAGGUAGUCUUCGAUCCCUACCCACAGACCAUAUUUUGGAUCCCUUGUGUCAAGAGGAAGAAUUCUUAAAAGAUGGCCACAGAGUAUCUAUGAACAGAAGGUAUAGCCAAUCCGACAGGCAUUUGGAACAAGAUAGAGACUCUAUUGAGGAUGAUGCCGUUCAUUUGGAUGAGGAAACUUUGUUCAAAGUUGGCAAAAGAGAUGUCCGGCUUCAGACAAUGGAGGAUUUUGAGAAGGAGAUCAAGCUUAGCUUUAACAUUCCACGAAUUUUGAAUGAAGAAGACCAAACCAAGGAGCCAGCAGGUGAUGUUGAAAGGGACGCUGGAUUAGGUUUUGAUGAUUCCUCAAAGCAAAGAUCGAAGGAAUAUUGGAAGGAACAGUUUCUAUUGUUUUUUCAACCAUCCGAUAACAAACUUGCCAAGAAACUAUUUGGCACUAAAGUUGCUCUCAACAAAGAACGCACUAGACAACGGAAACAGGGGAAGUGGAUCAUUCAUCCGGCAAGCAACUUUAGGUAA